GUCAGCAGAUUACAGAUUCCUUAUUUUGGCAGAUUUGGGGGGUUGAAAAUGCUUCAAAUUUGCAGCGGCGCCAGUUUAUAACGUUAAAAAUGAAAAAGUCAUGCACCAAAAAUAAAAAACACAAGCCUUGAAACUAAAGAAGACUAAAAGCAGGAACGUCAUUCACCUGCCGCGAUAAGUACACGAAUACUUAGAAUUCAUUCAUUCCAGUACAGUGUAUUUUCAGUUCAGGCAGGUUAAUCCAGUAGCGCAGGGACGGGCUGUAGUGACCGACUCCUAACAAUACGUGUCACCCAUUACAACCCAGGGCUCGCCGGGAAAGAGAGUCAAAAUCCUAAAUAAUUCAAGAUUGUUCUCUCUCCCCUGUGGACAAGAUGCCGGCCGUUCACAAACUGCUUCUGGAAGAGGCUUUGCAGGACAGCCCACAGGUAACACAGACUUUUCUUUCGCGUUGUAUUUCUGCGAUACCACGACCACACAGGCGUCAGACCAGAAAACAAACAGAUGCUGCUGAAACUUGGGGAGUCGACUUUCAUCCCUGCCGUGGCGGACACAGCCUCGGCAGUUGCAAUGAGAUGAGUUUGGCCACGCAGCAACUGUCCAAGCAGCUGUUGGAAUAUGAGAAACAGACUGCUUUAAACAGAUCGGCGUUUCUAUUGCUUUUGUUGCCAGGAUUGUGUAGGGGUGAAACGGCUGUAAAACCGUGUACGAGCCCAGUCCCGGGGCGGGGGGGGGGGCGGGCCCGGCCCAACACUGUCUGGACCUCAGGGAUCAAGCGAGCCCCGCUGUGUCUGUUGCACUCCCUGAAACCUGAACCUCUUUGUGUUUGUGUUUCAGAGAUAAGCACGCUGAAAGACAUAUUUGGCAUCGCCAGCAAUGAGCACGACGUGUCCAUGGCGAAGUACAGCCGGCUGCCCAAGAGAAAAGAGAAUGAGAAGCUGAAGGCGGACGUGGUGGCGGAGGUGGCCUACACCAGGAGGAAGCAGCACCAGGCCUCCAUGCAGUACUACUGCGCGCUCAACGCCCUGCAGUACAGGAAGAGAGUGGCCAUGCUGGAGCCCAUGCUGGGAUACAUGCAGGCACAGGUGUGCUUCUUCAGGAAAGGCAUGGACCUGGUUUCCAAGAAAAUGGACAGUUUCCUCACGUCUGUCUCGAACAUGACUCAAAGUAUCCAGGCCCAGCUGGACUCGGAGUCCGACCUGAUGCGGCUGUCUCAAAGGGACCUGCUCUCUGUGGAGGACACGGUCUACAUGCCCGACCAGGACUCCGCCAACCCCCCGGUCAACCGCACGCUGAUCCAGAAGGCCGGCUACCUCAACAUCCGGAAUAAGACGGGCCUAGUGACCACAGCCUGGGACCGGCUGUACUUCUUCACCCAGGGAGGGAACCUGAUGUGCCAGCCGCGAGGCGCCGUGGCGGGGGGCCUGGUCCUGGAUCUCGACAACAGCUCCGUGAUGGCGGUGGAGUGCGAGGACAGGAGAUACUGCUUCCAGAUCACCUCCCCCACGGGUAAAACGUCUAUCAUCCUUCAAGCGGAAAGCAAAAAAGAAUAUGAAGAGUGGAUAUGCGCUCUCAACAACAUCUCCAGACAGAUCUACUUGACUGAUAAUCCGGAGGCGGUGGCUAUCAGACUGAACCAGACAGCCAUACAGGCGGUCACCCCCGUCACCAGCUUCGAGAAGAGACACGAGAGCCUCCAGCCCGAGAGACGCACAAACCCCUUUGGAGAGACGGAAGAGGACAGCUCCAGUGACUCUCAUGACUCGCUCCUGCAGCAGGUGUUUGCCGUGCGGUUCCUGGGCUCCAUGGCCGUGCGGACUGGCCGCUCGCGGGAGGUCAUCUACGAGGCCAUGCGGCAGGUGCUGGCGGCCCGGGCCAUUCACAACAUCUUCCGCACCUCCGAGUCCCACCUCAUGGUCACCAGCAGCAGCCUGCGGCUAAUCGACCCUCAGACGCAAGUUACCAGAAUAAGUUUCCAGCUGCAGGACGUGACCCAGUUUGCGGCCCACCAGGAGAAUGGGAGGCUGAUGGGCUUCGUGGUGGAGGGCCCGGGGGCGGGCGAGGAUAGCGAGCCGACGCUCAGCGCCUUCGUGUUUGAGAGCAACACCGAGGGGGAGAAGAUAUGUUACACCAUAAGCUUGGGAAAAGAGAUCACAGAGGCUAAAAAGGACCCCGAGGCGUUGGCCCAGCUGAUGAAGUCCGUGCCGUUCACAAACGACGGGAAGUUCCUGCUGCUGGACACUGACCCUGCAGACGCGGAGCGGAGCGGGGCGCGGGCGCAGCUGGAGUCCGAGGCCUAGCGGACGGGGGGCCCUGGCCUCUGCAGCAGUGUUUCCUUGCCACAGUCCCGGGGGAAGCAGUGAGCUUAGGGCCCCGCCGACCUCCGAUCCUAAUCCGUUACUGUCGGGCCCUCAAGCACGUUACUCAGUCAUGCCCUUAAUGGAACGGACAUUUUAUUAAAUUCGCAUUUUUCACUGUUUUUGCAUUAAAACACCAUUUACUGACUUCAAAACAGAAAGGAUAGAAAAGAUGUCCCACUUUAGUAUAUCCUGAAUCCUUUAUCAUUUAUUUUAAAAUGCACACUUAUUAAAAUCAUAAAGGUAUAUGAAGGACAGAUUUAAAACAAUGGGGAGGCAAGUGCACAGUGUGCAGCAUUAUAGUUUUCAAAAUAAAUGAGGAGGUGCUGUUUGGAUGAAAAAGAUGGACCAUCAUUUGUCCUCCAGAACUGGAUUUGGGGGAUCCUUGAAUAAUUCCUGUCUCUCCCUCUGUUGAGAAAUGGCUGAUAAGAAAAUGUUUGACUGGUCCUCAGUGUUAACAAUAACAGUAGUGUCAUCUUUUGAUUCCUGUUCAUCAACUUGAAAUGAAUUGCACUGUUAUCAAGUUUCAAAUCAUGUCUCAUUUUGUAGAGCUACAUGUAAACAGAGAUAAAAUGUAUUGAAGGAUAAUCUUGUGUUUUGUCACAUGAAGACAGAAGAGGUUUAAAUGUUUUUUUUUUAACUUGACCAUUUGACCUCUGUUUAAGGCUGGCUGAAGUUUACAGACUUCUCUCAGUGGCUGUUUAAGAGGCAAGAUCAUCGAUCUCAGCACGUGAGCAUGUGAUGUCCUUAGCUACUGGCUUUAACGUAACUAAAUGCCAAGUCACAAUGUCCAGAAAGUGCUAUCAUGGUGCAGUAUUAAUAAUAAUAAUGCAUUUCUAAAGUAUAUUACUGAAAAUUAUGUAAUUGAGCACCUAAGAGAAUGACUGAUUAACCUUCUACUGUGGGUUUUCCCAAAUUCUGGCCUAUUUUCAUAACAGCAUUAUCUACUACACAGCUGGUGUUGGCGCUGUUUGUUCAGAAGCGAGAAAUGUGGACAUGCUCAGUAAAAUGAAUAAAGAAUUAUUUGAUCGUGCACUUCGUCUACAGAACAAAGAAACAAGUACAAAUUCAUUCCACGAAAGGUAAAGAAAAGAAACGCACUGUUUUAGCCUUCUCCAGGCUCCUACAAAACAAGGCGCAUGCUCUGUGACAAAAAUAUACCUUUUGCUCUGUUCCUUAAAGGAGAAACAGUUUGUUUUUCUGUGUGAAACGUUUUGUGAAAACUGACCUUUGAGUCCUUUAAGAGAAUGUUUUCAGUAGUUAGGAUUUUAAGAGGACAGUAGAUAAACUAUAGGAAUACUUUCCAUGGGACAGUCCCUCUUCUCCCCUGUGUAGCUUACUGUACACCCACUAACGUGAGUCUGUAGUCUGAGCUCUUGGGCUCAGCUGCCACAGUAUCUUUUCUCUGACUCCCGCCUCCCUUUAAAGUCAGACAGCUCUCUGUUCGAAAGUCAUCAUCAGAAGACCGUUUUUAAAUUGAGUUCUUUUUCAAGGCAUUGUAUGUCAAUAAAAGUUGCCACUGGAUAAAUCA